CCCUGCAACACGGCGAGAAAUGCUGCGGAAUCGCGCGGCGGCCGGUGCCCAGGAGCCAGGUGAGUCUCUGGCCGCCGCUGCCAGGCAACGGGGCAACAAUGUGGAGUCAGGCGCUGCGGAGGGGAGCUAAAGGCAGGGUCCUGAGAGCGCGAGCCGCUGCUAUGGCGCCGCGCUGAGGCCCUCAGUCCGGGCUCAAGUGAGCAGGGCAAGGGCAGGGCUCUCACCCUCCCGGCCGGACGCCCAAUUCUCCCCUUCUUCGAAGCUGGGCCAGGCUCAGGGGAAUGCGGCCAGCGGACACCGACGCUUCAUGUGCUCCAUUCGACACGCUACACCAUGGACGAUGAAGGACUUUCUUUGCAAAGGCAUAUUCCAGAAGGAGGUGGACAACAUUUCUUCACCACCACAGCCACCUUGAAGGCAACUUGCAGAGGGGUGAGGCUCUGGGCAUGCAGGAAGAUUCUGAUGGGAGGGCCUUUCUCACUUCCAGCCAAGAUACAUCUUGGUGCUUGUUUGAAAGUUCUGGUAAUGAGACAUUCUUUUCUUUGCUUCAUGACCCACAAUAGCAAAAGCCGACUGAAGGUUUGCUCCUGACAAGUGCAGCCCAUCUUCCCUCGCCCCCCCAACCCUCACUCGCAUCACCCUUGAACUACCAUCCAUAAACAUGCUGGAAUCAGCAGAAGCGCAACUGGGAUGCGAACAACUUAGAUACUUAGAAACCAUUAUUAAUGGGCUUCCAUUCCUCCCCAAAAACUGCAACUGUUUUACUCGUUUUCUUAAACUGGCAGCCGCCAAAUUUGCUCCCCGAGACUUCAGAAAGACUUUCAUCCCCUGCUGGAUCCCGGCAAGGAGAACGACUCCUGAAAGAAUACAGGGAAAAUGAAGACCCUGAUGUGGCCAUAGCACUCCUCAAGUCCCUUGAUGAAAGACGUCUCAUAAGGUGGCAGGAAAUGGUGUAGAAGAUUGACUUCACACACUCAAGCCAAAAAGUGUGAAAACCUCUACCUGCAUGGGAGCAGCAGAGCAGCAACCACACUAGCGGCCCAAAAUCAACACUCAUGCUGUCGCUCCACUGCUCCAAAUUAACUCAAAGAUACAGGCCAGCAUGGAAGAUAAGCAGAUGGUAAAAAUAGCCCUGGUCUAGUCUCUCGAGACUGCCCGAGAGCAGAUGGACUUCUCAAGCCCUUACUUUUCUGAGGAAGUGGACAGCAAUCAAGUCAGGCAAAGCAGCAGGAGUAGAUGGGAUUUACUCGGAAUUCCUGAAGAACAUUGGAUCAAUGGGAAGGAAGUGGAUAUCAAAGCUGUUUAACAACAACCACAGCACAGGCAUCGUUCAAAACAUCUGGUGCCAUUGCCAAGGCAAGGAAAUCACAUGAUGACUUACGCAACUACUGCCCCAAUGCUCUGUUCUCCAUAUAAGGUCCUGGAACAUCUGCUAAAGAGACUGCUACUUCCAGUGUCCCCCAACAGACAGGUUUUUGCACAAGACGCAAUUGCUCUGAGCAAGUCCUGAUAAUGACCUCCCAUAUUGAGGCUGAUUUCCAGAAAGGCCUAAAGAUAAGGAACUGUUGACCUAUACUGUGCCUAUGGCACACACACAUGCUGCUGAAACUCUCAAAUCAUCUGCUCUGUGAAAACCCUACAAUUAAUCAACUUUAUGAUUGGCAACUGAUAUUUCUGUGUUCUCAUUGGAGAUCAAGUCAGCUGCCUGCACACAACAACAGGCUCCCACAGGGAGCUGUCCUAACACUGGCUGUUUUCAACAUAUAUACAAAUGACUUCCCUCCCACAAAGUCACAGCUCUUUGCAGAUGCUGACGCCUUGGCCGUGGCUUUCCAGGCCAAAGAACUUAGGACAUUGAAAAAGCAUUCACAGAAGGCCUAUGUUCACAGGAAGGCCACUUCAGAAAACGGAGACUUUGACCAAAACCGUCUUUUCAGUCUUUCACCUGAACAAUUUGAAGGGCGGGGAAGAACUUCAUGGCCAGUUCCGCGGCUGAACACUCACCCACUACCCAAUGUCAAAAAGCCUUGGCAUCACUCUUUACCGAACAUUGACUGGCAACACCUCCAGAUCACCAGAGCCAAGGUCAAGACGAUAAUGAAUGUCUUGCAGAAACUGGUGGGUACCACCUGGGCUUUUAACAGUGAGACAGUGAGAGGAAUGUGACUUUGAACAGUGAAAGAUUGUGAAAAGAGUGAGACCAUUAAAGAGCGCAAGAGGGAAAAGAGCAUGGAGAGCAGCUAAUUGCAAUGCCAAGUCCUCACCAGCACGAACUGUGGAGCUGAAUGAAGAUGAUAAGGAUCAGGCCCCGGUUCCUAUGAAUUCUUUUCAUAUGAUGAAAGCCUUCAAAGUCAUGAAUGAGCUGCGAAGUAAAAGCACACUAUGUGAUGUGACCAUUGUUGCUGAGGAUGUGGAAAUUGAAGCGCAUCGUAUUGUCCUGGCAGCCUGCAGCCCUUAUUUCUGCGCCAUGUUUACAGGCGACAUGGCUGAAAGUAAGGCAAAGAAAGUUGAGAUAAAAGACAUAGAUGGGCAUACACUAAGUAAACUAAUAGAUUAUAUAUACACUGCUGAAGUAGAAGUCACCGAAGAGAAUGUGCAGGUGCUGUUGCCUGCAGCCAGUCUGUUACAGCUCAUGGAUGUUAGAACUGCUUGUUGUGAUUUUCUGCAAUCCCAGUUGCAUCCAACCAACUGUCUAGGAAUUCGAGCAUUUGCAGAUGUUCACACAUGUACAGAGCUGCUGAAUGAAGCCAAUGCAUAUGCAGAGCAACAUUUUCCUGAUGUUAUGCUGGGUGAAGAAUUUCUUAGUCUGAAUUUGGAUCAAGUAUGCAGUUUGAUAUCAAGCGAUAAGCUAACAGUUGCUUCAGAAGAAAAGGUAUUUGAAGCCGUUAUCUCUUGGAUAAAGUAUGACAAAGAAGCUCGCCUGGACCACAUGGCAAAACUAAUGGAAAAUGUUCGUCUUCCUCUGCUUCCACGGGACUAUCUUGUACAGACUGUAGAAGAAGAGGCUUUGAUAAAGAAUAAUAAUACAUGCAAAGAUUUCCUAAUUGAAGCCAUGAAAUACCAUUUACUUCCUCUUGAUCAACGAGCUGCAAUAAAAACAGCGCGCACAAGACCAAGGACCCCAAUCAGCCUACCCAAGGUUAUGAUUGUGGUUGGUGGUCAGGCACCCAAAGCUAUACGAAGUGUGGAGUGCUAUGACUUUAAAGAAGAUCGCUGGAAUCAAGUAGCAGAGCUUCCAUCCAGAAGGUGCAGAGCAGGUGUUGUGUACAUGAGUGGCCGUGUUUAUGCAGUGGGAGGAUUCAAUGGAUCCCUGAGAGUCCGGACUGUUGAUGUGUACGAUGCAGUUAAAGACCAUUGGACAUCCAUUGCCAGUAUGCAGGAGAGACGGAGUACUCUUGGGGCAGCAGUUUUAAAUGAAUUGCUGUAUGCUGUCGGUGGAUUUGAUGGGAGCACAGGAUUAUCAUCAGUGGAGGCUUAUAAUUACAAAAUCAAUGAAUGGUUUUUCGUGGCACCCAUGAACACCAGAAGAAGUAGUGUUGGUGUAGGAGUUGUGGAAGGCAGGUUGUAUGCUGUAGGUGGCUACGAUGGAGCAUCUCGUCAGUGUCUUAGUACUGUUGAAGCAUAUAAUCCAGUCAGCAAUGAAUGGACAUAUGUUUCAGAUAUGAGUACACGUCGUAGUGGUGCAGGGGUAGGAGUUCUCAGUGGUCAAUUAUAUGCAACAGGAGGUCAUGAUGGACCUUUGGUGAGGAAAAGUGUUGAGGCGUAUGAUCCAUCCACAAACACUUGGAGACAAGUGGCGGACAUGAAUAUGUGCCGGAGGAACGCAGGAGUUUGUGCUGUAAAUGGAUUUUUGUAUGUAAUUGGAGGGGAUGAUGGUUCUUCUAAUCUAGCUUCUGUGGAGUUCUAUAACUCUAUAACUGACAAGUGGACACUAUUACCAAGCAAUAUGAGCACUGGAAGAAGCUAUGCAGGUGUUGCUGUUAUUGAUAAACCACUAUGACUCUACACUUGAGCUACAGUGGGAUUCAAGUGAAAACUGAUUCGCAUUCUGGUGAAGACUGACCUAGGUGUUUUUUUUUAACUAUUUAUACUACUUGGAUGCAUGGUAUACUGUGUGAGUAAUAGCUCAGCAGUUACCCUGUCAAAAAGAUACCAGCACAGCAAUACGCAUUUUUAAAAAAUCAAGCACAAAUCUAAGGGUAUAUCAAGAUAUGGAAACAUGUUCACUACUAGCACUGCAAGUGAAACUAAGUGCAAGUUAGCAGGCACGUGCUAUCACUUUGCUUUUGCCAAGUGAUCUGGGAUGUCCAGUAUUGAUAAGUGUCAGCCGUCAACAGAGCCCGAUUGACUGGAGAAUGUGAACUUUCUACUGUUACAUGUGGGUUCUACAUAGUAUCAUUGCUGAAAAUCAAGCUGCUGCCUUUUAAAGCACAAUUGUUUGGAUCAGAUGAAGCACUGUAUUAUCAUGUCAACCAUUUUAAAAGAGACAAACCUAACAUUCUAACCUUUGGGGAGCAGAAAAGACACUUGCCAUAAUGGAUUAUGUUGAGAUGAGCUGCUACUGCUAUUUCAAAUGAUAUGCAAACCCCUCUUUUCCCCCUCAAAUUUAAGAUUAGAUCCCCUAUUUUGACAGGUGAGCUAAUAGAAGUCCCUGUUGUAAGUAGUCCCCUUAGUAGCCAGAAAACUUCAAUGCAGCCUACAAAUUCUGUGAGAGUUUGCUAUUGUCAGUACAGAAACUGUUUGGACACUGGAACCUCUUUUGUACUGGUGCCAUGCAACACGCAUAGUAGUCCAAACCAAAAUGGACCAGAAUUCUUAUUGACUUUUCAGUCCCAUAGUUUAGAGUAGUGAUAUUCUUUAAUCUACAUAGAUUGCAUUAGCAGUACUCUAAUCUUUUUUUUAAAAAAAACCCUUAGGCACCUGUAGUCACAGGUAAUGUGCAGUUGGUAACAGGCAAGAUAAACUAUCAUACCUGUCCCUCUAGUUGCUCUGGAGGAGUUGGAAUUAAAUGGUUUAAUGGUACACCAGCCAUAUUAUCUCAGUGAAAAAGAGAACUUUAAACCACCCUGCAGAAGGAUUUAAAAAACAAUGCCUUUAACCUCAAGUUUCUGUUGUCCAGAGUUCCAAAGUUUGCAGCUAAUUGUUUGGCUACUUUUAAUGGCUACUGCCACCUAGUGAAAAUUCUGACAAGCAAAAUGCUAAAAACACUUUUUUUAAAAGAACAAAAAAAAUUAUAAUAUUUUAAUACGAAACGUCUUCAAAUUCAUUCUGGCUACAGGUAGUAUGUUUUUAUAUCUAAUAAUACUUGGAGCAGUAUUACUUCAAGGCUCUGAGGCUGCACUUGUAUUCCUGUUAUGAGUAGAAUUCUUACCUGUGAGGUACUAUUUAAUAACAUUGUAAAUGUGGUUAUAGUUAUUCACUAAGUGGGUAUAGCCUUAUUCAUUUUUGGUAUAUCUGUUCCUCUGUGAAACAUCAGCUUAAAACAAACAAGCUUUUCAUACUUUCUUGGACUCGAACUCAAGUUCUGUCGAAGGGUCAUGAGGACUCGAAACGUCAACUCUUUUCUUCUCCGCCGAUGCUGCCAGACCUGCUGAGUUUUUCCAGGUAAUUCUGUUUUUGUUUAAGCUUUUCAUACUAUUUGCUUUAUAUUUUUUGAAUUUCUUUCCUUUCCAUUUCCUCCUUUACUAUUUUUCUUCUCUGUUUACUACUUUUUUCUUUUAUUUUGGUACUUUUAUGGUUGUUUGUUUCUCCUGUUUAAUAAACCAUCCCCCUACUUUUUUGUUUUCAAUGAUUCUCCAGGCUCUGAGCAUUGAAAUAUAUGAACCUUGAUUUUCUUUUUGUGUCUCUGUGCAGAUAAUUUUGAGGCUCGUAUGCAGUGUUUGAGGCUUGGAGAUGCUUGUCGUACAUCCACCUUGCCUCUUCCCUUUCUUUCUCAUUUUUUUGAAGUUUUCUUUUCAUCUCUUAAUUUCAUGAUUUUUUUUGUCGUUUAUUGUGUUUCGCUUUUGAAUCCUAUUUUACCUCUGCUGUUUCCAUGCAGCCACCAAACACCACUACUGGAGCAUAUUAGAUUGAUGGUAAUGCUCCACUGCUGCAGUAACCUGGUAAGUGUUGCUCAUGGCUUAUUUAAGAACAUUGUGCAGCAUGAGGGGACAAUAUGGAAAAUAUAAAAUGCAAUAGGGAAUGAAUGAGUGAAACGUUAACCCAUUUGGGGCUUCUGGGGAGCCAUGACAGGGGACUUGGAGUCAAAUUAGUCAUUAAUGCAAAAAAGUUUAUGUCCUGCCUUUCAAGUGAAUUUGUUUAAUGUGUAUGUUCAAAUUACAAGAGGUGCAACAAUUAUAGAAGUUUUUAGUUUUCCUCACAAGAAUUUUCGAUUAUGGUUCGAUUGCUCAUUUAUGAAAUCAUUGGUUGAUUUGAAUAUUUUUGGCAACCUAAUGACAAGCAAAUGUAGUUCAAUGCAAAUCAAGUAUCUUGGUGCCAAUGUGAUCCUGCCAUUGAUUAUCAACAAAAUGUUAUUGAAUUUGAUCAUGGUUGCACUUCUAAUAUCAAAUGUAAGUUACUAAUUUAAUUUAUGGAAGUUAUUAAGUUCAGUAUAAAUACUAUUCCAUUCUAAGCAGUGUUACAAAAUAACUCUCCAUCCACAAUAAUGAGUGUCAUAAAACAUAAUUAAGUUGUAAUCCUCUAACCCUGUCUUCAUUGAUAUGUAAUGGACUACCAAAUCAGACCAAAAAGGUCAUACUAUAGUGACAGAGUAUGGUGUCAGGGAUUAAUGUACCAUUGCACUCUGCUGUCAUUUGAAACAGUGUUUGAAAUCUUUUUAGGUUCUAUGUAAUGAUUUAUUUUAAAUGUUCAUGCCAUAUCUGUGGAACACAAGACUGUGAAGCACUCCUGACUGUAUUUUAUUUUUCAAAAUGUCAAUAAAAUGACGGAAAUAAUUUGAA